GAUCAGAAUGCUUCAUCAACGAAGAGUGUUUAUAAUUAUGCACAACCGGACGAAUUACGUGAACGAACGCCGAUGUGUCGAAUCGCUGAAAUCGCCAAGUAUAAUAAGUUAAAACAUGAAUAUAAAUUAAUGGAUGAAAGCGGACCAGCUCAUAAAAAAAGAUUUACUGUGGCUUUAACGCUUACGCCUGAUCAGGUGUUCUAUGGUUGUGGAGCAUCAAUAAAAAAAGCACAACAAGCAGCUGCUGACGUAGCGUUGAAGGAAACUACUUUAUCGCGGCCUCCGGAACGUAUUCUAAUGAAAAAAUAUCGAAAAGGUCAGAAUUUUUUUUUCUUUUUUGUUUUAAAUUCUGUUAAAUUUUGUUUUAAAUUCAAUUUUAAUUCUGGAAAUGUUUUUUGUAACCACACUGAAUAUUUUUCUGCAACGCUGGAAAUUCUUGUUUCUCCUCUCUAUUUCUUUAUUUCAUUUAUUUCAGAUCCAAAUGGUAUUGCUGGUUUGAAGAAUGGAAUGUUACUGAAGAAUAAAAUGCAUAAUUCAGAGACUACAGAUUUUGAAUCACAGACUCAUUCAUUUCAUACUCCAAAUCCCAACGAUUUACCUUCAAAUAGGACCCUUAAUAUUUCGGAUAUUGAAACCCAUUCUGGAUUGGUUCACAAUGUGAAGCAAAAAUCUGCCAUAUCACGUGUGCACGAAUGUGCUUUACAAAUGAGAAUGAAUGUUGAAUUUGAAAUUAUAAAAGAAGAUGGUCCAGCACAUGAUAGGCAUUAUAUUUCGCGUUGCAAAAUGAUUUCUCCUAAAGAAAUUAUCACUACGGAUGGUGAAGGAAGUAGCAAGAAAUUAGCAAAGCAAAAUGCCUGUGUUCUUAUGUUGUCGAAAUUGCAAUCAAUGGUCAAUUCACCAGUGUAUAUUGUGUCAACCAUAUUAAAAUCACAAAAAAAAUUGUAUGUUUCUAAAGAAAAUAAAAGAAAAACAAUAAUUAAAGACAAAAAAAUGGAUCCCGAAUAUGGGCAACAAAUCAAUCCUGUCAGUCGAUUAAUGCAGGUGAUGCAAACUAAAACGGGUAAAGAGCCGCGGUUCCAAUUAAUCGCAGAACGUGGUCAAAAUCGAUAUAAAGAGUUUGUUGUCGAGGUAACAUGUGGGGAUGAACUACGGUGUGAAGGCAUUGGUCCAAAUAAGAAAUUGGCUAAACGUGCUGCUGCAGAAAUAAUGUUGGCUAAGAUUGGAUAUGUUAAACCUAUGCCAAAACCUGGCAAAAGUUUAUUGAAGAAAAGAAAUAAUGAUUAUUUAACAAAGGAAAAUCAACAAAUUGUGGAUGUUGCUUCCGAAAAAUUUAGAAAAAAUGAACAUUCUUAUGUUAAAAACAGUGGCACUCAAUCUGUAAAAAGACGCGUUACAUUCAGUAAUGAAGUUAGUGCCUGUCCUCCUCCAGGUUUGUCCUUUAAAUACAUUUUUGUUUGGAACCAUUAUACCAAAAUAUAUAUUUUUUCGUCUACCAUUUUCUUUACUUUUAUUCCAUUUUAG